CAAUGACGUAUAGACAGGCAGUCUAAGUUUAGUAUGAUGCGAAAUAUAACCCUGACCUUUGACCCAUCCAAAUGAUAACAUCAUGGUUUUGCAGAAUUUUGGCGACGAAAAGAACGAUUGCAACGGCAUUAAUACACGUUGACAGUCGUUCCAAAAUGCCACUGAAGUUUGCUGCAAACCUGUCUUUUAUGUUUCAAGAGUUACCUAGCCUCAGCAGUCGUUAUGAAGCCGCAAAAAACGCAGGGUUUAGAUUUGUUGAAACAGCUUUUCCGUUUGGACUAGAUUCAGAAGAAAUAUCAACAGCCAAAACUAAAUCGGGCUUGGAUCAAGUUUUAAUAAAUGCGUACCAGGGUAACCCCAACAAUGGAGAUCUUGGUAUAGCAGCUAUACCUGGAAGAGAAGCAGAAUUUAAAGAGAAACUUGAAACCUCUAUACAAAUUGCUAAGUCACUGCAAUGUACAAGAAUGCACAUAAUGGCUGGCUUAAAAUCAGAAUUUUCUGAACGUGAAAUGGAAAAGACAUAUCUAGAAAACUUGAAAUAUGCCGCUGAAAGGUUAGAAAAGGAAAGCAUGAUGGCAUUAAUUGAACCAAUCAAUAACCGGUUAACAUUUCCCAAAUAUUUUCUUUAUGAUUUUGAUAAAGCUGUUGAAUAUAUCAGGGUAUUAAAUCGCCCUAACUUAAAACUACAACUGGAUUUAUUUCAUUUACAAAUUAUGGAUGGUAAUUUAACUGAUAAUAUUAAAAAAUAUUUACCCAUUACAGGUCACAUUCAGAUAUCACAGGUACCAAGUCGUGGAGAACCAGAUUCCCCGGGAGAAAUUGACUAUAGUUAUAUAUUAAAGUUAAUAGAUGAGUUAAGUUAUGAUGGUUAUAUAGGAUUAGAAUAUAAACCAAUAGGAGACACUGUAAAAGGAAUGAGUUGGAUAAAAAAUCUGGGAUAUCAAAUGUGACUAUUAUAUCUUUAUAAGUAUGCAUGAAGUAUGUAUAGGCAAAUCAUAGAGGCACACUUAAAGCGAUGCACCCACUUACAUAACCUUAAUGUAAACUAAUUAUGCUUACCAAUUUCUGUUAAAUUGACAUAACACUACAGUUGAAAAAAAUCAUGUUUAUUCUUUUAAGGUUCUUGAUUAAACUAGUAUCUACAAAUAA